AUGUCGACCAACUCGACAACCUCAACGACACCCGGGUCAACCCAUGAGACCAGACAACCGUCGCUGUACGGCUGCGUCAUCACCACCUACGCCAUCAGUGGGAUAUUCGUCGCCCUGCGCUUCUACACGCGCUCCAUCUUCCUCCGAAGACCUCUCAUCUCGGCAGACUGGUUCAUCCUAGCAGCGUGGGUGUCGACCGGCGGCUUCGUGACCUCUUCGCUCGAUCAGCUGAACCGAGGCCUGGGCCUGCACAUCUGGGACACGGACCCUGCCCUCUUCCCGCUGGGCAUACGCGCCGCCUGGUACGGCUACGUGUUUUACAGCACCGCCAUGUGCCUCACCAAGGUCUCGAUCCUGCUGCUGUACCUGACCUUCUUGGGCGUGGGGAGGCGCGCGAGGCGUACCGCCCUGGCGACGUUGGCGUUUGUCAUCGUGGCCAACGUGUGGAUCGCCGCCUCCAACUUCACCGCCUGCGUGCCGCUGCAGGCGUACUGGGACUAUGGGCUCCGGCUGAGGCUGCAGGCCACCGGGCAAGGGUUCUACUGCCAUCCCGAUGUGGUGUGGUACAUCAACAGCUCCAUCAACGUCGUCACCGACUUUGUCAUUUUUGCGCUGCCGUUGCCGGUGGUGAUGAGCAUGAGGAAGCUGUCGUUGAGACAGAAGAUUGCUUUGUUGGGAUUGUUUGGGAUGGGAUUCUUCGUCUGCCUCAUCGCCAUCAUCCGCCUUGUCUUCCUAGCCACCCCGAUACCAAACCAGGACUACACGUGGGACAUAUCCAUCAACACCUUGUGGACCAGCGUCGAAAUCAACAGUUCCAUCGCCGUCGCCAGCGCCAUGACCCUGCGGCCGCUUCUGACGCGCUGGUUCCCCGGCAUCUUUGUCUCGUUCGAGGUGGGCGGCGGCGGUGGCGGCGGCGAUGCAGACAAGCAUGAUAGCGCCCGCAAAAAUCCCAACUACAGCCUCGACGCGGCCAACUUUGUCAACGACGUCGCCGUGGCCCCGCCCACGAUAGGGAGCCGCAGGACCAGAACCGCCCACAGGGACGACCACGCGCGCGCGGAGAGCUGGAUCGACUUUCCGGGGAAGCUGGACGGGAAGAACGUAAACGACUUGGAGCAGGGCGGGGUGAGUUUCAACGACGUCUCGACCACUACGACGGCGGUAUCGAGUCCCACCAGCUUCGGGGCGCACGACGACGUGGUAGAGAAAGCAGCGGACCAGAGCCACGUUCGGCAGGGGUCUGGGGAAAAGAAUGCGACAUUGCCGUUGUCUUGA